GUUAGACGCAACUGAAGCAUGUGCGAGAGUUUUCAGCUAUAUACUUAGAAACUAAAAGUGAAUUAAACUGAGCUACACGCACCGAGAGACUCUUUGGGGCUUGGCUUGGUGAAUUUUGUAUUGUGAAAACGAAAGUUGCGUGCAAAAAGUGGAGUUUUAUGUACACAUCAUAUAUGCAUAUGUAUAUAUGCCUAAAAACUGAACAAACAACUCGAAAUACAAACAAAGCGUGCAUAAUCAAGACAAAAAACAACAACAAUAACAACAACCGAAACAACCUUCAAGAGUUCCUCAACGAAAAGCUUGAAUAUGCCAGCGGCCAGUUCUCAUUCGCGCCUGUUCUUCUACCUGUGGUGCGUCGCUUCUCUCUUGGCCGUCUCGAAAUCGGAUACCGGUAGUACAAAGAACUCCUAUUUUAUGUCGUAUUUCUAUUAUCUGGUUGUUAACUUUAUCAAUCCAUUUGCAAUGCCCAUUUUUUAUCGCUUUGUUCAUGUCUUGCCGCUGCAGCCACCUGCUGAGGACUUGGCCUACGAUGCCGCCCUGCAGUUGGGCAUACUGACGUAUCGCCUUAACCAGCUGGCGCACGAGGAGGAGUCUAGACAAUUGGGUCUCACAAACUUAACACUCAAUUCUCUGGUUAGCCGCAUACCCUGUAAUUGCGACACGGGCUUGUGUAAGUGCUGUGCAGGCUUUCUCGCCGUGGUUGGCAUGAACAGCUGCACAGAGGUCGCCUAUCGGCCCGAUGAGUUCUCCUUUGAGCUGCGCAUGCGCGUCAACAACAAUAUUUGGUUCCGCCGCAAGGUAUCCGGCCAGAAUCCGCCACCCUUCUGCUUUAGGCCACCGCGCUUCAAUUUUGCCCGCGCCUGCAUUCAGUUCCAUGAUAUAUGGUUUGUUGGCCGUAAUAUGCAUGUCUGCAUGUACAUGUCCGGCGAAUUCCAGGGCUUUGAGCUCUUUGAACGAAACUUUGAUUGCCUGUUGUUUGGUGACCAUGGCGUUAAGAUCGUUCCCCCCGAACAGGGUUACCCGGUGAGGCCGAAUGAUGUGGACAUAGAUGAUGCAGACGACGAGAUCGAGGACUAUGACGAGAAUGUUGUGCGCGGCUUUGCCGAAAAGUUAUUUGGUUGAUCUGGCAUAAAAACAAACAAUCUCUAUUCCCUGCUAACUUAUCCCCAUCCUAUAACAUACUAUCUACUACCUAUCCGCAACUUCUUUCAGUUCGUCUUCUUCUAUUUAUAAUCACACAAUCCUUCCUGCACCUUAAUCCCCAAUCGCUAACCUAAAACUACUUACAACAUCCAGUAUGCCAUCCCCUAUUUACAUUUACCGUAUCCCAUAUCCUUUACCCCUCCUAAAUAUUUAUUAUCACAAGCGCAACCUUAUCCUCAUCCUUAAUCCUGCAUCCCAUUUCUUGCAUCCUAUCCUUUCCCUAUCCUACCUCCUACACCCUGCUAUUUAUUAUCAUAAAGCUCGCAUUGUUAAUUUAUUAAAGCAUCUG